AUGAAUAGAAAUGAUAAGCAAAUUGAACAUUACCGUUACAAUUCUAAAAAAGGAAGGAUUGGCAAAGGUUCCUAUGCUACAGUUUACAAAGGAUUUGAUACGAAAUCAAAUUAAAAUGUUGCCAUUAAACAAAUUUAUAAGGCUGAUCUCCAAAGUGCAGAUAAUGAGGAACAUUUAUUGAAUGAAAUUAACAUGCUCAAAAGAAUUAAAAAUCCAAAUAUUAUUGAAAUUCUUGAUGUUCUUUAAACAAAGGAGCAUUAUUAUAUUAUAUUAGAAUAUUGUAAUAUUGGAGAUUUAGACUCUCUGCUUAAACAGAAGGAUACAAUAAAAUUAGAUGAUCAUAUAACUUUUUUGUAGGACAUCUUAAAUGCCUUUACAACAUUAAUUAGAUGUGGGAUAGCACAUAGAGAUCUUAAACCAGCAAAUAUUUUAGUACAUUAGGAAGGAAAAAGAAGGAUUUUUAAAUUGGCUGAUUUUGGUUAUGCUAAGACAAUAUGCAAUUACAACGCAUAAAUAUUAAAGAGCAAUUUGGGAACCCCUGCGUAUAUGAGUCCUUAAUUACUUAAAGAGGAAUAAUACACAACAAAAAGUGAUAUUUGGAGUUUUGGAAUAAUGUUAUAUUAAAUUAUAUACAAUACUUUGCCUUGGGUAGGAAAAUCAGAGUAUGAUUUGAUUUAAAAGAUUGUUAAUAUUCCGAUAGCAUUUCCUUAGACUCCCAAGGUAUCAACAGUUUGUUAAGAUUUAAUAAUUAAUUGUUUAUAAGUUAACGAAGAUAAGAGAUUAAAUUGGGAUGACUUAUUUCGACAUCCAUAUGUAAGCCAUUAUUUUGGAAAAGUGGAUAUUCAAUAGAAUAAUAGUUUGAAAUAGAUGCAUACUCUAACUCAGAGCCUUAGAUAGAAGAUUGGAUCGGAGGAAAAAAUGGAUCAGUUCUUAAUUAAAUUAAAAUUAAAGAAUAAUUAAUGGGAAUUAAACAAUGAAGAAUUCAGUAUGUUAAUUCAGUUAAUAAAUGAAAAUGAGAGCAUAAGCAAUAAUGAUAUUUAGUGUUUGUUUUAGGAAUGUUAAAUUGAUGGGAAGGUGUGUUAUAAGUAAUUUAAAAAUUGUAUAUUUAAUGGGGAUCCAAAAAGGGUGAAAAUAGUAAGACAUUUAUCGAAUUCUAAUAUUAAAAUACUAUCAAACUUGGAUGUAGCUUUAACAUAACACAAUAUAAGAGAAUUAUUUGAAUAGUUUGCGACUACUAAAUAAGAUACAUUGGAAAGACAUCAAUUUACAAAAAUGAUCAAAAUGCUCGCAAAUACUAAUUAAUUAACCAAUCAAAAUAUCAAAGAAAUUAUUGAUUUUUUCGACGACAAUGGAGAUGGGAUGAUUCAAUUUUCUGAAUUCAAUAAUGUUUUGAGAUAUGUUCAAUAAAUUGAUAGGAAUAAAAAUAGCGAUAAUAGUUUGGAUACAAUAACAGAAUUGGAUGAAAUGUCAUUUAUUCAAGAUCAUAGCAAUUUCAAGAACGUUAAUCAGAAGUUUGAAAGGAGAUCAGAUUAAAAGAUCAGUUUAUGCGAAUGUGUUAGUUUUUGA